AUGCAGACCCUCAACAAGACAGAACAGAUUGCCCAUUUACAAGGAAAGAACAAAUCAGAAAGAGAACUCGCGCUACAAAACAUGCUAAUCGCUUACAGGGACACCCCACACCCUGCCACAGGGGUUUCACCAUAUGAAGCCAUGACGGGCAGACCAAUACGCACCAGAUUAAACCACGCCGACGCGCAGGAAAGUGAUCGACAUGAAAAGGACAGGGCUAUCGACAAACGAGACAAAGAAUACAAAACACGCAUGUCACAACAGAAAAGAAACACCAAGAAACACAACUUUACCGUGAAAGAUUACGUACUGUUGAAGCAGAAGAAAUACAACAAAUGGUCCACGGCAUUCGAGCCAGCGUUCUACACCAUCACAAAAAUCCAAGGAUCCUCCAUCACCAUCAGACGAAUUAAAGAUGGACGAGAGCUAUGCCGCGAUGCGAGCCAACUCAAACUUGCAAAUCUUCUAGUGGAAGCAGACGAAGAAUACUCAAAGCAGAAAGACGAAGAGCAAGACGAAUCGAUCGGAGACAGAGAAACGGAUGAGGGGAUAUCAGACGAUGAGGCAGAACACGAUAGACCGGCGGAGAAUCCAGACAUGGAACCGGAGAUUGCCGAAAGGCCACGACGACAGAAGCAAGUACCAGCACGGCUAAGAGACUAUAUCCUCUCAUAG